AUGUAACAACGAUUACAAACACAUGCCAUUACUGAAGAAGGAAGAAAAUCUAGUUCAGAUAUUAUUAGUCCCUUAAGAGAGAUAUAUUAACUUAGAAGAAAUGUCAUGAAACUUGAGAAAUAGCGUACUGAUGAAAGUUGUCAUCGUAAAUCAGAAGAAUUCAUUAAAAAUAUUAGCUAGUCUCAUAGAGAUGUUAUUGUACCUUAACAUCUUUAAUUUGAAGAUAAUCUUGAUGGUAGUAGAGCUACUACUAUUCAUUCCAUUAAUUCUGUUGCAUAACAUUAUGAAAUCAUUAAACCAAACAUUCAUAACAUUGAUUGGAAUAAGGAAAAUAAUUAGAAUUAAUCCAAUAAGAAUAAAUAUCAUCUAAAAUGUGAAUCCAAUAAACAUAAAACCAAAUUUAUACAAUUAGAUAAUUAACGUCAACAGAUUAAUAAAACUAUUCAAUAAGUACUGCCUUCAUGAUUAAUUGAAUAGAUGUCCAAAUGCAAUAGACAAUUAGCAAAUGUGUUGAAAUCCUAAGUUGACAAACUAUUCGAUACUAUCAAAACUGACUAUACAUAUCCUUGA